AUGGGGGUCCAAUAGGCAGCCAAUGGGCGUUUAGCCCCCAAAUACAAUAUGCCUUAAUGACUUUUGUUGUAGGCCAAAAACAACACGACAGAAAAAUAAUUUAUUGUUUUUUCGAUCCCACUCUGUAGUCAAUUAGCCUAAUUAGAGAGUUAACCACCAGAUAGAGGCAGAACCCGCUUGGUUCCCUGAGCCCGAUUCAGGAUCAGAGGUCGAAUCAAACCAACUGCUGGACUCAAUGGAACAGAAAAUGCAUAAGACAAGAUCCUGGACAGACGAACGGCCUCCUCUGAAGGCAGGAAUGGCGUCUCACUCGGGGUACCCAGAAGACCUCCAGGCGUGGGACAGCCCUGAGAGGGUCCACCCUCUGCGCCCACGUGACAACCUCAGAGUCAACAGAGCGCUGUUCGCCACGACCAGCAGGGACAGCGUCUGCCCCCCCGGCCCCCCGGUGACGGGGAGGGAGAGCUGCAGACCCGCCCCGACGCCACGGGGAGCCCCGCCCUUCGACGGCACCGCCGACCACAGCUCCCAGUACCGGCCCCCCGCGGUCCGGCCCCGGAGGCCCCCGGCCCGGCCCGCCAGCCACCCCCCCGGGCCCCCUCUGACGGGGGUCCACACCAGCCACACAGACUUCAGGGGCCAGCCCUCCGGGACGGCCCGGUCCUUAGAGCCCGCGGGGGCCUGGGGGAGGAGCCCCACCUCCUUCGCCAGCACCACAGAGUUCAGGGACCAAUAAGUAAUGAACCAGCUUAGGGGGUCACUGCAGCUGCUGACCUUUGACCCCGUGUUUAUGCCUCCGCACACGACGGGGUGCAAAGGUCAAAUAAAAUGACGUUUCAACUGCACUGUGUUGUAGAAGAAAGAAAACAGUUUGUAUUAUAGACCACACUAAUGAACAUUGUCAUUUGUUUUUUAAAUUAUUAACACCAAACUAUUCAAAUAUUGUGUUUAAGCUGACAUUAAGAAUUAUUCUUAAAAUGCACAUAAUGGCACAACUUGCACUAACUGUUAAAAUAAGUUCAAAGAACGUAUUUAAAUA